GCUCUUUGCCACUUCUACUGCGAGGAUGAAGACCAUUCUCAGCAAUCAGACUGUAGACAUCCCCAAAAAUGUCGACAUCACUCUGAAGGGGCGCACAGUUAUUGUGAAGGGCCCCAGAGGCACCCUGCGGAAGGAUUUCAACCACAUCGACGUAGAACUCAGUCUUCUUGGAAAGAAAAAGAAGAGGCUCCGGGUUGACAAAUGGUGGGGAAAUAGAAAGGAACCGGCCACUGUCCGCACCAUCUGCAUUCAUGUACAGAACAUGAUCAAGGGUGUUACGCUGGGCUUCUGUUACAAGAUGAGGUCUGUGUACGCCCACUUCCCCAUCAAUGUCGUUAUUCAGGAGAAUGGUUCUCUUGUUGAAAUCAGAAAUUUCUUGGGUGAAAAAUACAUCCGCAGGGUUCAGAUGAGGUCAGGCGUUGCUUGUUCAGUAUCUCAGGCCCUGAAAGAUGAGUUGAUUCUGGAAGGAAAUGACAUUGACCUUGUAUUAAAUUCAGCUGCUUUGAUUCAGCAAGAGACAACAGUUAGAAAUAAGGAUAUCAGAAAAUUUUUGGAUGGUAUCUAUGUUUCUGAAUAA